CUACAGCAGAAUGACAGAAUGCGAUUGUGGAAACUUAAAGUUAAAAGUUUACUUUUUGUGACAUUUUUAUUCAUAAUAACGUUUGCUCUAGUGAAAUUUAUUGUAAACCAAGGAUCUGGAAAUGUACAGUUCACGUAUCAGAAAGAAGGAGGAAUGCCUGGCUCUUUGAACGUGCACAUUUGGGAAGAACUAUGCGGCGAAAAGAUGCUGUCACUAACACAGUUUCCACUCUUUCCUCAAGGACCGUCUGCGCGAUUACAAACGCCAAAUUUGCGGCUAUAUUUUCGACCACAAUCGGAAAAUUCUGGGCUACGGAUAUUUGGAUUUCUGUCCCCCUUCGAAUCUGGGGAUUACAGUUUUUAUUUAGAUACAAGUGAAACUUCAGAACUUUGGUUGAGUUUGGAUUCAAAUCCAGAGAACAGCAAAUUGAUUGCAAAUUCAACCUCAGGACAAGAGUGGAAAUUUGACAGCAAUUUAAACAGCGUUUUUUUGCUUGCUGGAAAGCGUUAUUAUUUGGAAAUUUUACUCAAAAUAGGAAAAUAUGAGUGGAUUUUUCAUCACUUUGAAGUUAAGUGGAAAUCAUCCUCUUGGAGAGAAAAUGACAUCAGAGAAAUCCCAUCCAAUGUGUUUAUUGCUAGUGAUAGGUUUAAACAAGUUCGAACAUUUGAUCGCAACACAAAUUUUGUUCUUCCUAUGCACAGUAAACAUCAAGAUCCUAGAUUUGCAACGGAGGAAUUACAACGCCGUGCAGAAAUGUAUCUCCUCCCUUUCAUCAGUGAAAAGGAUUCCAAAAAUCUUUUUCCUGCAUGUGACUACAAUCCUUCAUACCUGGUGAAAGGACCUUUAAAAAGGUACCAGUCCACUUGGGAAUUGCACUAUUCGUCCAUUUAUCCGUUUGACUACAGUGAUGUAGUGUGCAAGGCAAAAAAUGAUUUUUUGUCUCUUGGAAAUGACCAGUUAGAUAAAGAUAUUGCAGAGGCAGUCGCUUCUCAAGUCUGGAUACAGCUGGAGAAACAACAUCCUGGGUAAAUACCUGUUUAGUUCUAUUAUAGUGGAUCUGUAAUGCAACCAAAAUUACUUUGGCAAAAUUUGUAUGCCCCCAAAAGACUGUGGUUUGCAUUUCCUAACUCUUAAGCCUGGUUCUCAUAUGCAACUGACCGACUUAAAAACUGUGACAUUGCCGCUGGAAUGAGAGGUAUAUAUUGUUCCAAUACAAGAACAGAUUAAGUCACCAAUAACAGAGGUCAUCCCAGGAUUUUGUUUGCAUGCAUGGAAAUUUGACUGCAGUUCAACUUCCCAGGCAUGUUGGUGGUAAAGUCCUGUAAUAUUUCUUUUGGCCAGCAGCUUAAGUCUUCAUACCAUAUUUCCCUCGAAUAAGUGUACACACUCAAAUAAGUGCCCUCUCCUGAAUAAGCACCAACCCUAAAUAAGUCCAUAAUAUCAAACAAGCCCCUUUCUCAAAUAAUUGCCCCUUCCCUCCCCUUCACUUUCUGAUACAAGGGGAAUGUGAAGAUUUGCAUAUUGUUGGCAAGGAUGAUCUUGAGGAUGACAAGAUAAUCAAUAUUUUAUAAACCUGUAGACCAUUACAUUUUUGUGUAAAGUGCUUGAUGGGACUAAGGUAUGCUUGAUAUUACAACUUCUCCUUUAGUAAGGAAAAGACUAUUAAUAUUAACUUUACAUUUCUAUCAAAAAUUGAGCCAAAACAAAGUUAGAAAAUCUUAAUAAGCCACCCGCUCAAUUUAGUGCCCUCCUUUGAAUAUGCACCUUUUUUAGCCUUAAUUCCGAAUAGGCACCUUGGCACUUAUUCAGGGGAAUACAGUUUGUUGAAACAGUAUCCCAGGCAAUACUGGUGGCAUUGGCGCAGGUAAAUUGAUUGCAUAUGAGAAUUAUUAGGGUUUCAGACUUGUCAGUGAAAAGUAAGUCCCUUUUUAUAUGGAGAAACGUUUUCCCACAAAAUAGGGUACCCCCCCCCCAGAUAAGUCAACUUUAGCAAGCCCUAAAUGUCAUCCCCUCUGCCUGGGUCAAGAGUGCUCGCCCAUGUUCUGGUUGUCUCACAUUGCUUGAGUUGACCCCUGAGUGAGCCAAAGUGUUGAUUUUAUUAAGCAUUGUUUCUCCUCUGAAUUAUAAUGCUCAUAUCAUGCUUACAACAUACUUCAUUCCUGGAAAUGAUAGAUUAUUUUUGACACCAAUAAAGGAUUGGUUUUGUGGGAUUAAGGGAACCUGGCUGACUGGCAAUAAAAAUUUGGCCAAAACAUGUUCCCAUCCUAUUAGCAGCCUAUGCUUUAGUUUUCUGUCAUUUGGUGUUGCAGACAAAGAAAAUCAAAGCACUUAGAGAUGUAAUAUUGAAUUUAAACAGGGCUUCAAUGUUUGAUGUCUGACUAUCCUUCAUCACUUAUCAUUAUUCAACUUUUAAAUCAGGGUUUGGUUUAAGUAAUGGUCCAGAUAAGAAGGGAAGGACCAAAACGCAGUGAACACGUCGGAAUGCAAAAAGGUGCUAACUUUACUAUUGUCUCUACUAUGGUUCUGAUUGGUUUAAACAUCAAAUUUUACGAAAUCUUCGCAAAGCAGCAUGUAUAUUAAUCCCUUUUUUUCUAUCCAACUUCCUUAUAUCAAAAUCUCGUCUGAGUCGUAUGUGCGGAUCCUGUAAAAUUGUGAACAUUUCUUGGCCAUUGUUUGGAACUCUUGUGAUUGGUCAAAAUGUUUUAACACAAAAAUACACCCUUUAAAAAUGGAGUUAGAAUACAUUUUCUUUCGUAAACUGCCUUUUUGUAGAUUUAUGCAUUCUCUGCGUAGAAAUGAAAACAUUUCUAUGCGAGCAAAGCGUAUUGCACCACAACAAAACAAAUUGCUUCCCUUCUUACCUGGAUCAUUACUUAAGAAGUUUUCAGUUCUCCAGCUGAAGCAUGUGAUAGUGGAACCUGUAAAUUAUUAUAAACUCAAUAUUCAAAUUAUCAAAUUCAAAUCUUAUUCUACUAACAAACCAUUGCACCAGUUCUUUGCUGUACAAGUAGCAGUUAUAAUAUUUAUUAGUUACUAGUAAAUGAAAGCUGCUUUAGAUAAUAUUAUGUAAGAUAUUAAUGAUACCUUGGUCCAAUAGGUCUAAUAGGUAGGGGCACUUAUAUAUGGAAAGUUCACUGGGGUAGUAAUGCAGAGGCCAGGGACUCAUGAGCCCCAUCAGGGCUCAGAAUAAAUUUGGGACUGUUGCCAAGUCUGGCCAAAGAUAUUUUAGCUCGGUAAUGUCUCUCUGGAAGUUCUCUCUUCUGACUGGUCAAAAUGUUUGAAAAAAAUGCCUUUUUUGUCUGCCUGAUUUUACUCCUCUGAUUAAAAAGACUGGGAAACCGAAGGUUUGUCCAGACAAAUGGUCAUCUUGGCCGGACAUUGUCCAUUGACCAGCCAUUAUUUUGAGCCCUACAGUCUCAAAUUUAUAUUCAUUCUGAUAAUAAAUAUGAGAUUUUGUUUUCCUUCAAUUUAGGAAAUACUCUUUUGUACGAACCCUAAAUGUGGAAGAAAAACGUGACCAAAGAAAAGGAGACAGGUACUUGGUGGAAUUGGAACUGAAAGAAAAUUCAGUCGGAAGACCUGUAAGGUUCUCAGAAUAUGUCUACAGACCGUGGGGUGCACAAACCCUGUGUACCCCUGUGGGCGUGGCCUGGAAGAAAAGUGCUGUUGUCAACAUUUUGCUUACAACUGGAAAUAACCAGGGACGUUGGAUUCUUCACUUCCUUGAUAACAUGGCAAGAAUUUAUAACAGAACCAAGGAUGCCAAUUUUAAUGUUGUUAUUGUCGAUUUUGACAGCAAAGACAUUGAUAUUGAUAAUGCCUUAAAGAAGGCAGCAAUUCCAUCUUAUCAAUAUACUAAUAGAAAGGGGGAUUUUUCAAGGGCCUUGGGGCUACAGAAAGCUGCUGAAAUGGUCAGGGAUCCAAAUUCAAUUCUUUUUGCUAUGGAUCUUCAUCUUGAUAUUCCUUAUCAUUUCUUGGAUGAUGUUAGAAAGGUUAGUGAAGCGUAGUUGUUCUGGCCAGGGGGGGUUUCGGGACAACCCGGGGGUAUGGGAACUUCUAUUCCGGUCAACUUGACUGGCAACUUUUGAUUAAAAUCCCAGGAAUGUAGCUAAGCAUUGUCCAGAGGAAUGUACACUCAGUUUUCUGAGUCAAUCCUAAGGUUGGAUUUCCAGUGACACGUAUAUUGUAUUUGGUGCGCAAGUAAAUUUUACACGCGUAAGUAAAUAAUUUACUUACGCGUGUAAUUAUUAGACGCAAUGCAUGGGAGGUCGUGUGUAACGUAAAAGUUGAACCUUACUCAAAAUUAAAAUUAUGUGCGUACCCAGGUAAAAAUUUCAUGACAGUUGAAAUCCAUGCCUUUUUUUUAUCUUUGACGUUUUUUUCACAUGAGUACCCUCGAGCAGGUAGCCACCGCCCCUAAAACCCUAAAGGGAGCAGGAUGUAUCCGAGACAGGGGGAGAUACAAGGAAAAAAUCGUAUCGACAAGCAAAUUUUAGGAGAUUGAAUCGGUAUCAAUGUGUUUUUGCGGAUAACAAAGUUUAAAAGUGAUGAUGUUGUUCGUUGCGUUUUUUUCUGAGAGGUUAAAAAAUCACUUUGUUAAACUGAGAAGCCGAAAUAUGUGUGGAAUGAAAGGCUUAUGUUUGGAUCUUUGCCCAACAAAAGAAUGAAAAUGAUUUAACAGUUUUUUGCUCAUUAGAAGGAGCACACCUUCAUUUAUACAUUGAAUACGUCGGUCUUACUUUUGGUUUUGUCAUUCUUAUCUUUCAGCACUCUGUUCAACACAAGAUUGCCUACUGUCCUCUACAAAAGCAAUUAUUUAUCGGGGUACUGUAACUUUACUCGUCCACAGGACUAGUGGCAAAAAAACCUACUCGUUUUGGGCAAUUUUUACUCGUUUUGGACGAGUGGACGACCGUUAAGUUCGAGCACUGCAAAUUCAAAUCUUAUUCUACUAACAAACCAUUGCACCAGUUCUUUGCUGUACAAGUAGGCAUAAGUUAUAAUAUUUAUUAGUUACUAGUAAAUGAAAGCUGCUUUAGAUAAUAUUAUGUAAGAUAUUAAUGAUACCUUGGUCUAAUAGGUCUAAUAGGUGGGGGCACUUAUUGGAAAGUUCACUGUGGUAGUAAUGCAGAGGCCAUGGACUCAUGAGCCCCAUCAGGGCUCAGAAUAAAUUUGGGACUGUUGACAAGUUCGGCCAAAGAUAUUUUACCUCUGUCAGUAACAUCUCUCUUGAAGUUCUCUCUUCUGACUGGUCAAAAUGUUUGAAAAAAUGCCUUUUUUGUCUGGGUGAUUUUACUCUUCUGAUUAAAAAGAGCAACAAACCAAAUGUUUGUCCAGACAAAUUGUCUUCUUGGCCGGACAUUGUCCAUUGACCAGCCAUUAUUUUGAGCCCUACAGUCUCAAAUUUAUUUUCAUUCUGAUAAUAAUUAUGAGAUUUUGUUUUCCUUCAAUUAGGAAAUACUCUUUUGUACGAACCCUAAAUGUGGAAGAAAAACAUGACCAAAGAACAGGAGACAGGUACUUGGUGGAAUUGGAACUGAAAGAAAAUUCAGUCGGAAGACCUGUAAGGUUCUCAGAGUAUGUCUACAGACCGUGGGGUGCACAAACCCUCUGUACCCCUGUGGGCGUGGCCUGGAAGAAAAGUGCUGUUGUCAACAUUUUGCUUACAACUGGAAAUAACCAGGGACGGUGGAUUCUUCACUUCCUUGAAAACAUGGCAAGAAUUUAUAACAGAACCAAGGAUGCCAAUUUUAAUGUUGUUAUUGUCGAUUUUGACAGCAAAGACAUUGAUAUUGAUAAUGCCUUGAAGAAGGCGGCAAUUCCAUCUUAUCAAUAUACUAAUACAAAGGGGGAUUUUUCAAGGGCCUUGGGGCUACAGAAAGCUGCUGAAAUGGUCAGGGAUCCAAAUUCAAUUCUUUUUGCUAUGGAUCUUCAUCUUGAUAUUCCUUAUCAUUUCUUGGAUGAUGUUAGAAAGGUUAGUGAAGCGUAGUUGUUCUGGCCAGGGGGGGUUUCGGGACAACCCGGGGGUAUGGGAACUUCUAUUCCGGUCAACUUGACUGGCAACUUUUGAUUAAAAUCCCAGGAAUGUAGCUAAGCAUUGUCCAGAGGAAUGUACACUCAGUUUUCUGAGUCAAUCCUAAGGUUGGAUUUCCAGUGACACGUAUAUUGUAUUUGGUGCGCAAGUAAAUUUUACACGCGUAAGUAAAUAAUUUACUUACGCGUGUAAUUAUUAGACGCAAUGCAUGGGAGGUCGUGUGUAACGUAAAAGUUGAACCUUACUCAAAAUUAAAAUUAUGUGCGUACCCAGGUAAAAAUUUCAUGACAGUUGAAAUCCAUGCCUUUUUUUUAUCUUUGACGUUUUUUUCACAUGAGUACCCUCGAGCAGGUAGCCACCGCCCCUAAAACCCUAAAGGGAGCAGGAUGUAUCCGAGACAGGGGGAGAUACAAGGAAAAAAUCGUAUCGACAAGCAAAUUUUAGGAGAUUGAAUCGGUAUCAAUGUGUUUUUGCGGAUAACAAAGUUUAAAAGUGAUGAUGUUGUUCGUUGCGUUUUUUUCUGAGAGGUUAAAAAAUCACUUUGUUAAACUGAGAAGCCGAAAUAUGUGUGGAAUGAAAGGCUUAUGUUUGGAUCUUUGCCCAACAAAAGAAUGAAAAUGAUUUAACAGUUUUUUGCUCAUUAGAAGGAGCACACCUUCAUUUAUACAUUGAAUACGUCGGUCUUACUUUUGGUUUUGUCAUUCUUAUCUUUCAGCACUCUGUUCAACACAAGAUUGCCUACUGUCCUCUUCUUGUACGCUUAGGCUGUGGAGCAACAGCUACCGAACCUUUUGGCUUUUGGGAAAUUUAUGGUUUAGGAUUGAUAACUUUGUACAAGAGUGACUGGGACAAAAUUGGAGGAAUGAACGUCAAGGAAUUUAAGGAGAAAUGGGGUGGGGAGGACUGGGAAUUUGUCGAUCGCUUGUUGGAAGCUGGAAUGGAGGUUGAAAUGCUCAAAAUGUUGCAUUUUUUUCACUACUUCCAUUCAAAGAAAGGCAUGUGGAAUAACAUCAACAGCCAUGCAAAAGGUGACAUUUUGAGCAAAUAUUGGUACACGUAUUGACGGUGGAUCACCGUGUAGUUGCUAAAUAAGAAUCUCAGGGCUUAAAGGCUGGUAACUCAAACCAAGUUCGAUAAACACAUGUACGCGAGAUAAUAUUCUUUCAGUGAUUAGCUUAAGCUGUCUUGGAGUCCCACCAGUAGAUGAACAUUUCGCUAAAACGAACACCAAGGGUCGGUUCCUGCCGCUCUUUAGCCAGUUUCUAUAACUUUAUGAGGGUGACACCUUGCUCCUUAGCCUCUUUCAGGCAUUCAGAUAGUAGACCGCGGCGCUAAAUGGUGGGGAGCGAGUGAAAUCGUACGCGGGAAAAACGAGGGGAGAACUGGCUGUUAUUGUGAUCACUGAUUUUCAUACCGCACUGGAAAAAGCUACCAACAUAAUAUUCAGAUAAUAUAGGUCAGUCAAUGUCACAGUAAUCCAUGUCUUAUAGUGGACUACAAUGAAGAUCUAGCCUUUUGGGUACAGGAUGUUCAGGGGUGAAGGUGUGCCCCCCAAAAAACCCAUAUACUGAUUUCCUCGAAUAAGCGCCCACGUUCUAAUUAGCGCCGUCCGUCGAAUGUAGGCCAUAAUAUCAAACAAGCCCCUUUCUCAAAUAAGUGCACCCUCCCCUCCCCUUAAAUAGAAGGGAUCAACGGUAAUUAAUGUGAAGAUCUGGCCUCGGUUGUUCAAACGUUGGAUAGCGCUAUCCACCGGAUAAAUCACUAUCCAGCGGAAAAGUAUUACGGAAAUCAAUUACGCUACCCGCUGGAUAGUGAUUUAUUCGGUGGACAGCGCUAUCUAACGUUGAAACAACCGGGGCCUGCAUAUCAUUAACGAGGAUGAUCUGGAGGAUGAUGAGAUAAUCGAUGUUUUAUGAACAUGCAUACCGAUACAGCGUUCAAUGGGACUAAGGUACGCUUGAUUACCAACUACUAUUUUAACAACGAAAGACUAUCAAUAUUAACUUUACGUUUCUAUUAAAGAUUUAGCCAGAGUUACACUUUGUUUAAAGGAAAACUGAAGUAGAGUCGAUAAACCCCACUUCGUCCAAUAAGCGCCCCUCCCUUUAGCCCUGGGGGAUUAUUUGAGGGAAAACGUGUUGAGUAACAUCGGGUUAAAGGACUGAUAUCUCUGCCGAGUACGUCGGUACCCUGCGAGCGGUUACCGGUCAUUUCGGUACAAAUUGAAGUCGAUUCGAUUAUAUCAACUGGAGGUCGAUUCAGUGUACAACCCAAGUAAAUUGCCAACUUUUGAAGAUUUAAACAAAAAGCAUUUGUUUCUCUCCGAAGACUCUUCGAUUUACAUUCGAAUUACGACAUUGACGGUCGCUUCGUUUCUCCUUGGGAAGAGUAACGUUCUCCAGCGCUCUCUUGUUUGCAUACCAAACCGAGCAAUUUAGAGGAAGGCUCUGCUUAUAGUAUUACAGCAUCGUUUUGUACCAUUUGAAGCGUUUUAGUAAGAUUUUCCAGUGGAGGGGGGUGGGGCAUAGGGAAGUAGCACUAAUUUAGGCUACUUGGGUUCUUAAAUAGCUUCUUUUUUUCUCAAGAAGAAAAAAAAGAGCUUUGUCGCUAAGAGUAGUUCUCUGCUAUGUCACUGCGUUCCGCCGCAGAGAAAACGUUUAAGUUCUAAUCAGCAGAAAGGCAAAACACGUUGAAAUAGGAAGGACACGACCAGUUGUGUCGAGAUGUGACGUAAAAUCCCUAGAGGAUCAAACUGCGGCCAUAAAUGCAAAUUCCGAACAUAAACACAUUUAGUGGUAUUCAGGUCAUUCCUUACAUAAAAUCUGCACACCACUACAUUGCAGUUGAAGUGAAAAGGUAACUUUGCCCCAAAGAGGAUCCUGAAUGUUUGCUUAUCUUAUUUGCCCAAGUUUAUAAUUUUUUUUUGUAGAUUUUAGAAAACAAGAACCCGUUUUAAGUUUUAGACUAAACAGGUUCUUGUGUAGAGGGGGCCUAACUGGCAAAUUUUAGCCUAACAGGUUCUUGCUCGCGCAGGGUUUCUACUGUAUAGUUAUCAUUGGCUCCUGAAGCAAAUCAAUGUCGCAUGAUCUAUAGGCUUUGUAAUAGUCCUGUAAACUUAAGACGAAACCAACGUAACAACGCUAAAAUAUCCACCACAAGUUCACAUACUUAUUGGCUUGAAUAAUAAAGUGCCCUCCCCCGCCCCCCCUCCUCCAAACUUAGGGUCGAGGAUUCAUGGCUAUUUUUAAAUUAGAGCUGAUUUCUCUUACAAUGUAAACUUUUAGGUACAUGUACGAAAAUCAAGUGUGGGGAGUCGGGUUGUUUACAUUUAAACCGGUCUUAGGCAGGUUGAGCAAAGGGUAAACUGUAUACGCUUACGUUGUCCUGUGGUUGUUGCCUUUAAUUGGGAUGCCUGUGGAGAAAGCAGAAGCUGGGUAACCAUGAUUUUAUCUCCGUGCAAGAGAUGGGCAGAAAAUUUUCCACGGGCGUAGAGGGAGGGUGAGUUUUCAGUGUUUAAUUAAUAAGUCAGCGGUAGUUUCGGAAAAUGAAGUGAGAUCGAGCUUCUUGUCGGGACCCUUCCGGUCGACUCGUGACCCUAUUUUCCGCAUGCAAUCUGGCAGGAAAACCAGAUCUGUAGACAAGCAAGAUCAAGGUUCUCAAGUCUUUCAAGCCACAAUUAUAAAUUCCUCUGUGGACCAAGUAAAGGAAAAAAAGGAUUGCAUUUCUUCAAGGAAAUUUUGACAUGUUCGUUUUUAGGAGAAUAGCUGUUUUGCAGUUCACAAUUGUUAUUCAGUGUGUAUACUAUCAUGUAUGACGUAACACUUACGAUGCUUACAUAUCUGUAAUAAAUCGCCGUUUCAAGGUCAAAACUGAAAAUCAGAAAACUAGUCCUCGGGCUGAUUCAGACAUAAAUAGAAGCUCCCUUUCCCUUCCGUUUCAAACACCUGCCACGCAGGCUGCUAGUGUAGCGUAAAAAUCAACCUCGUUCGCAGGGUUCUCUCCUACCUGUCCCUACGGAGGGAAAAAAUACGGUUUUUUUGGAGUGGGGAGGGGGCAAUAAAAAAAAAAUUGAAGAUUCGUUGCAGUGCCUGCGUAUCCCGGCCGCGUAGUUCUGCGAAUGUUUGUUUUUUCCAUUUAUAUUAUUUUUUUGUGUUAUAUCAUUUAAUGCUUAGUAUUUUUAAUAAUAAAGGAAUUAAAUUAACUGCAAAAACCGUGGACGAAGACAUUGAGAAGGCUGGUGUGGCCAGCCGAAAUAUUGUUAUGAAAAAGCAAUACACGUUGUUCUGAUCAGCCUCGGGGCGGCACUAGGGUAUUUUUGGGUGGGUGUGUGCCGCCCCGGGACUGUAAAUUGGCACCCCAUUCUAAAAACAAUUUCCCCUAACAUUGAUACCCCGUUCUAGAAUUCGCCCUAAAACUGAUACCCCGUUCUAGAAAUAGGCCAAUUUUUUAUACUCCGUUCUAAGGUGCAAAGAGUACAACAGUUUGCUUGUUAACGCAUCGAACCGUAUUUUUAAAAGCAAUCUGUCCUUGAAUAAUUUCAAAUGGCUGCCUACAAAACUGGUGCUUUCGUGCGUUCGAAAAAUUAUACCCCGUUCUAGAAAACGCCUCUGAAAUUGAUACCCCGCUCUAAAUCAGGAGCUUCCAAAUCACGACCCCGUUGGGCGGCACAUACCCAUAUAGGUAAUGUAUGGGAGUACCCCCCCCCCCCCCCCCCCUCGGGUGAGUCGAUUUCUCUUUGUCAUUACCCUUUUUGUACUUUUUUCAAAAGGUGACAUUUUGAGCAAAUAUUGGUACACGUAUUGACGGUGGAUCACCGUGUAGUUGCUAAAUAAGAAUCUCAGGGCUUAAAGGCUGGUAACUCAAACCAAGGUCGAUAAACACAUGUACGCGAGAUAAUAUUCUUUCAGUGAUUAGCGUAAGCUGUCUUGGAGUCCCACCAGUAGAUGGACAUUUCGCUAAAACGAACACCAAGGGUCAGUUGCUGCCGCUCUUUAGCCAGUUUCUAUAACUUUAUGAGGGAGACACCUCGCUCCUUAGCCUCUUUCAGGCGUUCAGAUAGUAGACCGCGGCACUAAAUGGUGGGGAGCGAGCGAAAUCGUACGCGGGAAAAACGAGGGGAGAACUGGCUAUUAUUGUGAUCACUGAUUUUCAUUCCGCACUGGAAAAAGCUACCUACAUAAUAUUCAGACAAUAUAGAUCAGUCAAUGUCACAGUAAUCCAUGUCUUAUAAUGGA